AGCAUAACCACUGGAUUCUCUGUUCCCGAACUUGCCUGCCCCUUAAAUCCUCCGGAGGACAUACUCAACAGAUCUAAUACUAUAAAAUGGCGUUAAUAGGUACUGGCGGUUUUGUCGUAAGCAGCGAUAUGCGAGAGCUCCUCGACAAGCCGGGUAUUCUGUCGAUGUUUGAAGAGCAGAGACUCCGCGUGCUUUACCAGAAAAAUUCAAUUCAGUUCAAUCCUGCGCUCCUCAACCGAUUUGCGAACGAUUGCUACCGGGGAAACCUGGAAGAAGUCAUGAAAGCGGUUGAGUCUGGUACGGCGCCCGAUUUAACAGGACGCGAGACCGGAUACGAGCAUGGAUAUGCUGCGUUCCCUCUCUUCGGCGCACAGCGGUUCUUCUACCAAUCGUCCGGCACGCCGGACCACAUCGGUACGCUGAAAUACCUCCUCAAAUGCGGGGCACCACCAAACAUCCCCGAUGUCAUCGGCUACACCCCGCUGCACCACGCCUGUAUGGCCAGGCCUCGCGCAGACAUGGCGCGGAUCCUGCUCGAACACGGCGCGAACCCCGACGCCCAAGAUCGAUUCGGCAGCGUCCCUAUCAUAGGCGCGUUUCAAAACGAAGCCAUCGACGCCAUCGAGGUGUUGAUGGAGUUCGGUGCGCGGUUGGACAUUCCGGAGGAAGGCGGGCAUACGCCCGACGGCUUCUUCAUCAAGUGCGGCCCGAAGGUCACCGCGGUCGUGCAGAAGUGGAAGCGGAGACGGGCAGGCUCCGCCCAGCCACUGGACGACAAGACAUGCGCGACGUGCGCGAAGUCCGGUGGGCCGCUCAAGUUCUGUGGCAAGUGCCACGCAACUUGGUACUGCUCUAGGGAAUGCCAAAAGGAGGACUGGAAGACGCACAAGCACACGUGCGUGCCAUUCAGCCCGGAGAACACCGUCGUUGUCACUCCGUACUACCAGGACCUCGGCCCUCUGGUCUCCGUUCCCGACCUGGCGCGCGAAAUACUCUGCCAGCCGUUCGAAAAACGCCCAGAGCGCAACUCGCGCUCUGCCCAGGUCCCGCGAAUCCCCCGCGGCCAGACGAAACAGAUGAUCGUCAAGGUGCAGGUCCCCACAGACUCGAGGUCAACCGACCCGCACGCUGGCGACCUCCUGGUGUACGACAAGAAGCGGACCUUCGUGUGUAGGGUCAGGAAGCGCGACUGCUCAGAUGCGUACAUGCAACUUUCGGAGAUCGUCCGAACGAAGGGCGCCAAGGGCCUGAAGGCGUACUUUUCGGCAGAGAUGAGGUCGCCGGACGCGCUCACGGUCAAGGUGUCCGAGGUGUUAGCCGAGCAGGCUUUUUAAGCUUAAGUUUGCUGUUCAAAUCGUCUAGUAAAUUGUACAUGUAUCUUCCCCCUCUUCACUUAAUGUUUCACAUGUUUG